AUGCAAUUGUUGCUGCCCCUGGGCCUUGCUACUCUUGGAACAGCUUAUGUUCUUCAAGAAGGCACAACCUGUAUACUAUAUCCAGAGUCUCUCAAGAAUGAGGGUCAAGCUGUCGACGAUGCACCGUCGAUUCACGAAGCCUUCGAAUUAUGCGGGACCGACGGCGAGGUGAUUUUUACGGACCAUACGUUCCACAUCAAUUCAGUGCUGAAUACUACAAACCUGGCAAAUUGUGAUGUGGUGCUCCGAGGAGAGCUCCGUUUCUCUGACGACAUCGAAUACUGGCUGGCAAAUUCUUAUUCUGUGGUAUUCCAGGACCAAUCCACUGCUUGGCUUUUCGGGGAGAGAAUGUCACCUUUAGGGGGGAAGGGGGCUGGUACAACGGUAACGGCCAAGCAUGGUAUACCGAGAACCGAAACCACAGCAACCAACCCGGUCGCCCGAUCAGUAUCACUUUUUAUGAAUCCCAAGAAUCUGUGGGUCGACCAUCUGAAUAUCACUCAGCCACAAUUCUGGGCCACUUUUGUGUCACACAGCUAUAACGUCUCGAUCACCAAUUUCUACGUGAGCGCUAUCAGCAAUGAUGAAUGGGGCACAGUCAAUACGGACGGAUACGACUCCUGGAAUAGCGACACCCUUCUCGUGGAGAAUGCCUAUAUCACAAACGGUGACGAUUGUAUUGCUGUGAAAGGUAAUACGACAAAUUUAACCGUCCGCAAUGUCGUUUGCAACUGGGGCUUUGGAAUGGCUGUCGGGUCGCUCGGCCAGUAUCCUGCAACCCCCGACUAUGUUGAGAAUAUUCUGUUCGAAGAUAUCGUUUGCAAUAAUUGCAUGGAAGCCGCGUUUAUCAAAACCUGGCAAGGUAUUCCAGAAGAUGACAGCUCUAACGGAGAUGCCGGCGGCGGCGGAAGCGGGACUGUCAAAAAUGUACAGUUCCGCAACUUUGAACUGACCAAUGUAGCUUUGCCUAUUCAAAUCUCGCAGUGCAUUUACAACGAGGCGGAGAACAAUUGCAACACCUCGAAGAUGGCCAUCUCAGAUGUCACUUGGUCUAAUAUCAAGGGCACUACGCGAUACAAUGUCGCCGCCUCCAUCUAUUGCUCCGAUCUCCACCCCUGUCCGGGGAUCAGGUUUGAGGAUGUCGAAUUGCAGAGUGUUAACAGCACUUUGGGGUUACCUAUGUCCGGGACGAAUAUUCAGCACGAGGUAUAUCAAUGCCAAAAUAUAAUUGACCAGGAGGACUCGGGAGUGCCUUGCAAUCGCGUUGCACCAGAUAACUACAGCCAAGUGGUAUCUUCCAAUAUUUCGGAUGAUGAUGAUAGUGAUGAUAACGACGAAACCCCUGGGACGCCUGGGGUCAAAAACGGUCCCAGUGUCGCGAGCUCGGGCGACUCUGACCACCCAGGUUUUGGAGCUGGCUCACGCCAAGAGAAGCUUUCCUUCGAGUCUAUGGGAAAGAUUUGA